CGUGUUUGGCUUCGGGCUAAAAGACAAAAAUUCUGAUUUUGAGAGUGAAACACGUGACAUUAUGAAAAUUAAUAAUGAUUUCCUUCCGUGCAAGCGUGGUGGACGAUUAUAUUAUAUACAAAUCAAAUAUGAAUUGGACAUUUCAUACAGAAAAUAGGGUAGUUUUAGACGGUCAGAUAAACCAGCCCACGAAAAUGAAGACCUUAGACUUGAGCAUGGGUAUUGGCAGUCUCGUAUGCAUUGUACCCUAUACGAGCUUCCAAGACGUUGAGCAAGUCAUGUGCCGUGUACAUAAUUGUACAUCAUUUAAUUCAUAUUGGCUAGUAAAACAUGUGAUGGUUAAUGCUGUUACCACAUCAAGAAGUCGUCAUGGAGUGAGGAAGCUAUUUUGUAAAAAGGCCUUUUCAUCACUCAACUCUAUAAUUUAAGCUUUCUUAUUAAUAAAGAUUUUGUACCAUACAAGGUAUCAUUGUCCAGUUUCACAAUGCAACAUCACAAGGAUGCAUUUAUUGACCUCAUGGGUGGCUCCAUGGGAGGAGUUGCCUGUGUGUAUGUUGGUCAGCCAUUAGACACUGUAAAAGUAAAGAUGCAGACAUUCCCAGAACUUUACAAAGGAAUGGUCGGCUGCUUUCUUCAGACAUUCAAACGAGACGGCAUACGUGGCUUGUAUGCUGGAACUGUACCUGCCCUGGCAGCAAAUAUUGCUGAGAAUUCUGUUUUAUUUGCUUGCUAUGGAAUCUGCCAGAAAGCAGUUGCGUAUGGUACUGGUGCAAAGAGUGUCCAAGACUUGUCUGUUUUGAGUAAUGCAACAGCAGGAUUCUUUGCUGCAUUCUUUUCUUCACUCACCCUGUGCCCAACAGAAUUAGUGAAGUGUCAGCUUCAGGCACUGAGAGAAGUGGCUUUGGCACAGAACAGAGAACCGGAUCGCAUUGGACCUUGGCAACUUACACGCCAGAUAUUAAAGAGUGAUGGUGUUCCAGGAAUGUUCCGUGGCUUAACUUCAACAUUUGCCAGAGAAAUGCCAGGUUACUUCUUCUUCUUUGGUGGUUAUGAAGCUAGUAGAGAACUCAUGCGACCACCGGGAAAAACAAGAGAUGAAAUUGGACCUUGGAGAACAAUGUUGGCAGGUGGCUUUGCGGGUGUCACUCUUUGGGUCGCCAUCUUUCCUGCAGAUGUUGUUAAGUCUCGUAUCCAGGUAGCAGGAUCCACGGAACCCAUGAUGAAAGUAUUUAAGAAUAUAGUGAGACAAGAAGGUGUUCUUGCACUGUACAACGGUUUGGGACCUACAAUUGUGCGCACGUUUCCAGCCACUGCUGCAUUAUUCUUGGCCUAUGAAGCAACAAAGAAAUUCUUGCACAAUUUAAUGGAUUAAAUUGGAGAGUUUUCUUUAAUAUUCAUUAACAGUUUAUCCUGUCUUCCAUUUCUUCCCAAAAAGGGAGUUAAGGUACCUUUCCAGAAAAUGGGUAUUACUCUACCUAGUAAACCAAACCAUUUAAUAUAUAAACAUCCUUGGUUUGCUUGAUUUAGUCACUACAAAUUAGUCACAUUGUGCCAGUUUAGGUUAAGGAAGAUUACAUUGAAAUGAAAUAUUUUGCAUAAGUCACUCAGUAGGUUAUGAGCUAAACAGUCUUCAUAGUGUAGAAACUUACACAAGCUUUAAAUCUCGGUAACUACCAGAAACUUUUGUCCAUGAUCAUA